UUUCAAAUUGUUUGGACAACAUUUUGAUAUUAAGAAAUUUGCUUAUGACAUGCCAGCCCUAUCAUACAUUCUGGAUUUCCAUGAUCCAGAAGCACUGCUAUACGAAUUUUAUAACAAUCAUUUUGAGGACAAUAUUGAGUCUUUACAAAAAAUUGACCAAAAUCAAUUAUUUAUCAAAAACAAGCAGAUGGAGGCAUUUAUUGAUAAAAGCAUCAAUGAGGAGUUUUUAAUUAAUAUCCCAGAAGACACUGGUGGAAUUGACAAGUCUUAUUUUUUCAUAGUAGGCAGGAUUAUUGAAAAUCUAAAUGACCAAGAUGAAACAAGCAUUGCUUUAGUCAAAGCAAGUUUAGGCCCAUUUGAAGAUCCUGACAUUGUAAAAUUUGAGGGAGACAGACAUAAAUUAAUCCAGUGUAUUAAAAGUUCAUCACAAAAAUUAUGGAAUGAUUUAGCAACAAAAGGUAAUAGAUAUAUUCAAGAAUCAAACUUCAUAGAAAUAAAAGCAAUGUUGAGACCAAUAAUACAAUUAAAUGGUGAUGAUUUUAUUCUAUAA